GUGCCGCUUUGAGUGAGAAGAGAAAACGAAACCACGGUUGACGCACGCGCAUACAUUACUAUAUCGUAUGAGAGCGCGUCAGUUUCCAAGAGAGUCAGUCAGUGUGAAGUAUGGACAAGCGGAGAGGAUGUGUACGGCUGUGAUUCCAAAUAUUCAAAGAAUUGAAUCAAGAAUGGAGUACGAGAAUGAAAAUGCUGGUAUAAAACUGCUUCUUGCUCACAUGAAUAUUGAAGACUUUAUCCAAGAAGCGGACAAUUUUUACUGUGCCGGUGAAGAGGUGGAAUCAGGUAUCUCAUUUGAAGAAAGUUUCUCGCAGGACGACAUGUUGGAUGAUAAUGGGGAGACACCUGUCAUAGGAGCGCAACAUGAUGUCAUUUCAAAUGUGCAAAAACAUGGAAAGGUCCGUUAUGGGACAUCAUCUGAACUUUUGGACUUUGUGAAUAUGGUCUCAAGUACAUCGUCUUCUCUUUUGGACAUGAGUGAAGAAAUGGGAGUCUUGCUGAACAAGACGGAUAUGAUUAUUAAGGAGGGGCAUUACCGCAUUGACUUGGAUGUUCUUCUUUUUCCAUGGAAACUUACAUAUAAGCCCAGAGGGCCUGGACAUGUUCCCAAAGGCUCCUUUGGGAAAGUCCAUUUGGCCCAGGAUAUCAAAACUCGGAAACGAAUGGCAUGCAAACUAAUUCCUGUAGAACAUUUCAAGCCUGCAGAUGUAGAAAUCCAAGCCCGGUUUCGACAUGAGAAUAUAGCAGAGCUCUAUGGGGCGCUGCUGUGGGAACAGACUGUGCAUUUGUUCAUGGAAGCUGGAGAAGGGGGCUCGGUUCUGGAGAAGCUGGAGAGCUGCGGCCCAAUGAGAGAGUUUGAGAUCAUUUGGGUCACUCAGCAGGUUCUGCAUGGCCUGGAAUACCUGCACUCUCACAACAUUAUACACCACGACAUCAAACCCAGUAAUAUUGUAUUGAUGUCCGCCAAAGCCGUGCUGGUGGACUUUGGACUUACAGUGCAGAUGAAGGAUGACAUGUAUGUUCCCAGAGACCUACGUGGCACAGAGAUGUAUAUGAGUCCAGAGCUGGUUCUGUGUCGAGGACACAACACAAAGACUGACAUCUACAGUCUGGGAACCACGAUCAUACACAUGCUCAGUGGGAGCCCGCCGUGGGUUAGGAGAUAUCCACGAACAGCGUACCCCUCAUACCUCUACAUAAUCCAUAAACAAGCUCCUCCUCUAGAAGACAUACCGGAAAGCUGCAGCCCUGCAAUGCGCAGACUCCUGGAGCAUGCGCUUGACAGAUCCCCAGUACACAGGAGCUCUGCCACUCAAUUAUUACAUGAAGAAGCCCUACAUCCAUCUCGGGAUGACCAGCCACGGUGUUGGAGUCUGGAUUCUGCGCUGGAGGACGGCACGCACCCAAUGUUGCGACAGCUGAGUCAGAUUUCAGAGAACACCCAAGACUCAUCCCUGUAUACUGAAGACUCAGGGCAUUCUAAGAAAAAAGGUUCUCUUUAUAUAGAUCUGGGUGCCUUGUCUGGUUACUACAGUCGGGUUAGGGGACCACCUAGUAACGAGUAUGGCUAAGCUGGAUUUUUAUGCUUGUGGACCAGUUGGGUAUUUGUAUAGUUUGCUUUAAUAGAAAUGCCACCAAAAAAGCUGGAAUGAAAUCAAGCACAUCCACAGAAUAGAUCAGAUGCUUGAAUGACCUUCUGUAUUGUGAAACAAAGUGAAGAUGCAAUCCAUGUAUUAUGGAUUGUACAGAUCACAUGUUGACUGGACAGUAAGCUGUGCAGUUACAGUUAGAUUUGUUCUGAAAUGCGAGACAAAUUUAAAUCACAAUUUAAAGAGGUAAAAUAGUGGUUUUUGGGGCAUGUUCACAAUUUAAUUUCUGUGGUACGAAUUCAUAUAGCAUCCAACUUGAACAUAAAUGCAUGUGUGCUUUUUGUGUUUUGUUGUAAAUUGCUGUAGCAGUACAGGAGUUUAUAAUGCAUUCAAUGUUUUUCAUCACAUGCAUCUAAGGGCAGGGUUUAAUGAGAUUAAUCUGUGAUUUAGAUUAUGCAAAAAAUUAUAAUAAUGAAUGCAUUAUCAUUGUUUAUGACCAUAACAGUGCUGGGUACAUCAUGAAUAUAAUGUGUCAUAUUAAUCAUAUUGUGAAUCUUUUGAUCUUGGCCGUCUUAUAGGUUUUUGCGGUAUUGUUGAAUGUGGUCUGAAUUACAGGCCUAGUAAUUUGAGUAUUACAGUUAUCUGACUCAGAUUUCAUGUAACUCUGUAAGUUUAACUCAUUUCAGUAAAUGAUUUCACCCCAGCUUACUGCACUUGGCUUUAAAAUAUCUUCAUCUGAGAUUCCCGCUCAAUACAUUUACUGUAUUGUAAAGAUAAGAGAUGCAGAAAAAUUGCACACUACGACAUUUGAAAUAGUACUCUCUUUUUUUCAGACAAUACUGAAAAAACAUCUCAGUUUUUUGUUCCCAUGGAAUGUGUUUUUUGUUAAGUAGUUGCAAUGCAAGACAAUUAAACAUGCAUCUAGACUCAAAUUGAAUAGAUGCUCCAACGUCAAGCUUUUUCCAUUGCUGGCAAUGGAGGUGCAAAUAUAUGCCUUUAUAAAGUUUCUAUUAAUGACAGUGUUUAUAAUCUUGACUCACUGACACAUAUAUUUGUCUUGGCACCAAAGAUGGUUUUGUUAUUAUCUUUGUGUGUGUUUUGAUUUGGCCAGUGCUUUUUUGUAGCUCUGUUUUGCUAUUUGAUGCUUUGACUGUAUAUCUGUAUUAAAGGGACACUUCACCCAUUUUCAUUAAGCUUUGUAUAGUAAGAACCCCAGUCAUGUUUUUGAAUGGUCGUGCAUGAUUUCCUCAGUUGUCGCUGAGACAGGAGAAAUACAGAUUUUAGUGUUGCACUUCCUUCUUUCAAUGAUGUAAAAAUCAUCAUUUUGCAUCAUUGAAAGCAGGAAGUCCAAUAUCUUUGUUGAGGUGGUGAGACUACAAACACCCCUUUUCUCGGUCAAAUAGGCACCAAAUUCGAAAUGUAUGUUACAUUUCCACUACAAAUAUGACGCACUUUCAAUAAAGAUUAAUGUUUCUAAGGGUGAAAUGCUCCUUUAAAGAGCUGAUUCUUUGUAUCAUCUUCUAGAUAUGAAUAAACACUGUACUUAU